AUGAUGACUAACCUGCAGGGCCGUCACCGCCCCACUCUGACCCGGUGGGAUAUCCGGUGGGAUGUUCAAAAGGCAACCUCACAUCAGCCUAAUAUGCCGUUUCAAUGUCAGGUUCCCGGCUGUACCUCGAGUUACCGUCGUAAAGAGCAUCUCCGACGCCACGAAGCACAACAUCGUGGAAGUCACCUUCGCACUUGUUCAAUCUGUGAACGUGUUUUUUCUCGCAGUGAUAGUCUCCGACGUCAUAUUCGUCGCGACCAUGAAGACCCGCGACAAUCUCUUGCUCGCGCCACACAGGCCUGCAUGAGAUGUCGUACAACAAAAGCACGGUGCCAGGGGGGCUCACCAUGUACAGAGUGUUCUUCAAAGGGACACUUGUGUAUCUUUGAUGGGGUCCUCCCCGGUAUCGAGCCCGCUCAACCAGAUCCCCAAGAAGAACCCUGGGAGUCCGGUGGUGAUGAUGAUGAUGCGAUCAAUACCUCCCUGGAGAAUACGGCCCGAGUUGACCAUUACAUACAUCUUUACUUUACGCAUUUUCAUCAGCACUGGCCGUUUUUACAUCAACAGACCUUCAGUAUUCCCGACGAGCCCCAAUUGCUGCUUCAGGCAGUGGUAAUGAUCGGCCUCUGGGUUAGUGGGAGUGCGGCGGCGCGGCAAGAUGCCCGAAACUUACAUUCAAAGCUAGGACUGGCGAUUUCGGCACAACGGGCACUCAUUCGAUCUGAAAUCUUUUUCCAAUUCAUUGUUGAUUCGCAGGACAAAUGGGAACAAUCGCCGGUUGAAGGGGAGGACGACAACGAAGGUCCAGGCAGCCCAAAUUCACGAUGGCCAAUUGGAACCUACCAAGGCAUCCUUCUCUACAUCAUAUUCUCAUUACUGGCGUCGAGUUCGAUUGGUCUCGAACUCAACCUUAGUCUGGCCUUACAUGUGUCCGAUCGUCAAAUCCUUUCCGCUCUGAUCGCAACCUGUCUGCGAAACAACAUCUUCUACUAUCCUAAUAUGGUUACAAGGUACCGAAACGUGGAAUCCGUUACCUGCAUGUGGGUAGGAGUCGAAGAGAUCAAAAGGUUAGGUUUGGCCUUGUAUAAGGUUUCCCGGCUUUGUGGAAGGGGGAGUUGCUUGGGAGAGUCUGAUGAGACUGAUAGUCGACCCUUUCGCCUCUCCGAUCUACAGUUCCCCCUGCCGGAUAGGAGGCAUUUCUGGGAAGCUGCCUCGAAUGCAGAAUUGUCCCGACGACUUUUGGUAUAUUCUAAAAGAAAAGAUAAAUCGGAUGAGCCUAGGGAUACCAAUUGGAUCUCACAAAGUGGGGUUUUGUUGGAAACCGACGAAAAUUGGUGGAGUUGA